AUGGACGUGGGUGCUGAGUCUGGGGGUGCUGAGUCUGGGGGUGCUGAGCCUGGGAGUGCCACACCUGGAGGAGCUCUCUCCUCCGAGCAGCUGCGUGAGUGGUACUUACAGUACGGCAGCCUCAGGAGAGGUGCUUCUGGCGCUCGGAGCGCUGCUGGAGCUGGUGCUAGUGCUUCCCCUCCUAGGCGGGCGCUGCCCUCUCCCCUACAGCUCCGCGAGUGGUACGCUCGGCACUGCAGUCUCCGGAGUGGCGCUCCUCGCGUCGCGGACCCCGGUGCUGCUGCUGGAGCUACUGGGGGUGCUGCUGGUCCUGGUGCUGCUGGUGCUGGUGCUGCUGGAGCUGCUGGAGGUACUGCUGGUGCUGCUGGAGCUGCUGGAGGUGUUGCUGCUGCUGGUGCUGCUGGAGCUGCUGGAGGUGUUGCUGGUGCUGGUGCUGCUGGAGCUGCAGGAGGUGCUGCUGCUGCUGGCGGUACUGCUGGCGCUGCUGGAGGUGCUGCUGGUACUGGUGUUGCUGGUGCUGGUGCUGCUGGAGGUGCUGCUGCUGCUGCAGCUGCUGGAGGUGCUGGUGCUGCUGGUGGUGCUGCUGGUGCUGGAGCUGCUGGAGCCGCCGGUCUUGGAGGUGCUCGUACUGGAGGUACUGGAGCUGCUGGGACUGGAGCUGCUGCGGGGGUUGGCGCUGGAGGUGCUGAGCGGCCGCGGCCGUACUACGUUCCGCUCCUUCAGCAGGUUCUUGGUCUCCCGCCCUCUCCUGGUCCUACUCCUCCUCCCCUACUGAGUCCACCACCUGUCCCGUCGCAGUCACAGUUACAGCCUGCCUCUCCACUGCCUGGUCCUUCUCCUUACACUGCACCGACAGACCUUACUCGUGCUGCCAGUCCUACUGUCGCGCGUCUCCUUGCCACUGUUGUCACUGACCCUACCUUUGUGUCCUCUGCUGCGUCUGCUCUAGUCGCUGAGCUUGUUGACUUUGCUGCCGCCUGUCGUCUAGACUACGCCGCUAGCCUUGUCGCUGAGUCUGAGUCUGUCUGUCCUCCGUCCGUCGGGGGUGAGUGUGCUCUUGGCACGGACGUCCUUGAGGACAGACAGGAGGAGUUUGAGUGCUUUGCGGCUGCUUUACCUCAUCUCGUGUCCAUGCUGAUUGCCCCUGAGGGAGACCCGGAUGCACCAGACAUCCCGACCCCACGCUCCUACGCAGAGGCGAUGGAGGGUGAGUACUCCUCUCAGUGGCAGACAGCCAUGGACGCAGAGAUGGCUUCUUGGAAGUCCACAGGCACCUACGUCGACGAGGUUCCCCCACCUGGGGCAAACAUUGUCAGUGGCAUGUGGAUUUUCAGGGUGAAGCGGCCGCCGGGUUCUCCGCCUGCCUUCAAGGCGCGUUACGUUGCACGAGGCUUCAGUCAGCGAGAGGGAGUUGACUUCUUCCAGACCUUCUCCCCGACCCCGAAGAUGACCACUCUUCGGGUUCUGCUGCACGUCGCCGCUCAGCGUGACUACGAGCUCCACUGCCUUGACUUCAGCACUGCGUUCCUACAGGGCACCCUGCACGAGGAGAUCUGGCUGCGCCGCCCACCUGACUUCACUGGGACGACUACUCUUGCUGCUCUUGGGUUUGCUCCUUCUACUGCUGACCCGUCGCUGUUUCUACGCACCGACACCACUCUGCCGCCGUUCUACGUUCUCGUGUACGUAGACGACUUGGUCUUUGCUACUGCUGACACUGAGGCACUCGCCCACGUGAAGUCGGAGCUGCAGAAGAGAUACACGUGCACAGACCUGGGUGAGCUGACAAGCUAUCUUGGCUUGCGGAUCACCCGGGACAGAGCACAGCGCACCAUCACCUUGACUCAGUCACACAUGGUGCAGCAGGUCCUUCAGCGCUUCCGCUUCACGUACUCCUCGCCUCAGCCCACUCCUCUGCCUACCGGUCACUCGCUCUCAGCUCUGCCUUCGGAUGAGUCCGUAGAGCCGAGUGGCCUGUAUCCAGAGCUUGUGGGCUGCCUCAUGUACCUGAUGACCUGCACUCGACCUGACCUAGCCUACCCUCUUAGCAUCCUAGCACGCUAUGUCGCUCCUGGCCGUCACCGGAAGGAGCACAUGGAUGCCGCUAAGAGGGUGUUGCGCUACUUGUGCAGUACGUCGGGCAUGGGGCUUGUGCUUGGAGGACGGCGCGACGUUGUCCUCACUGGACACUCAGACGCUUCUUGGCCUGACGACCAGGUUACGCAGCGGUCGUCUCAGGGUUACACCUUCAGCCUUGGCUCUAGCUCUGUUUCCUGGCGUUCUACACGCUCUUCCUCUGUUCUCAGCUCCAGUUGUGAGGCUGAGAUCUACGCCACAGCCAUGGCUGCCCAGGAGCUACGCUGGCUCACCUACCUGCUGACCGACCUCGGAGAGUGGCCUAGUUCUCCUCCAGUGUUGUACGUCGACAACAAGGCAGCCAUUGCCUUGUGUCAGGAGCACAGACUGGAGCACAGAACGAAGCACAUCGCUCUGCGCUACUUCCUUGCUCGAGAGCUGCAGCAGCGUGGUCAGCUUCGUCUGCGUUACGUGGCCACUCGGGCCAACACUGCUGAUGUGUUCACCAAGGCGCUUCAGCCUUGUGACCAUCAGCGUUUCUGUACUGUUCUAGGCCUUGUGCCUACUCUCCCUCACUUGCUUACUUCUUGA